GACAUUCUCUAGCUUGUCCACUUGGUAAGGUACAAAAGAUGACACUGCCCGCGCUCACUGAACCGAGUACAAACUGUCGAUCUUCAAUCACUCUUUGACUAUCCAGCUCGCCAUGUCUUUCUCUCGCCUUUAUUUCCUGACAGCCUUUGCUGCUCUGCUCUCACUGGCCAAGUCAGACAACGACGAUGGCACAGUAUUCGACCCCGAUUCCAUCUGCUACUCUUACGGAGUUGACUUUGUAGAUGAGGGCCACUACUUCAUCAAUUCUCAGUCUACUGAGCAAUUCUCUGCUGUCAGCACGUUCCAGGGGUGCAAUACGGGCGAAGCAGAUAUCCUGCUGGUCGACCCCAACAAUACCGAGUAUCUUUGUGAUGACAUUCCCACAACGCCAGACAACACGAAGCAGCUGUCCACAUGCCCAAUCCAAAAGAGCCAGAUGUCUUCAGGCCACUGGAUCUUGCUGAUUCUGGGUAACAAUGGUGAAUAUCCAGCUCAACCUUUCGCAUGGCAGCGUGAUCUUUACCUUACCAUCGGUACACAAGUAACGAGCACAUACACGCCAACAAUUACCGCUACAUUCUCCGUCAUCUCAAUCAUCACAAAGACACAGACCACAACGUCUAUACUCGUGACUCAGGUCGGCCCCUUCACAACCUCCACCAUCCCCAGCGCCACAGCCAAGAAAACCAAGACGAUCACACCCAAAGUUGUCACGACCACCUCCACAAAGACUUUAACCAAGACGUCAUUGACAGCGACUCGAGUGUUCAGUACUACCACCCAGACAGCGACAGCGACUUGCAAAUUGCCUGGCCAACCGCUACCCGAUAAGCCAUGUCGCUACACCCCAACUCGUCUUCACCCUGCUGCCUUGGCUACACCCACCACAAUCUCCAAGCAGCGCUACAUGCGCCGUACCGACCGACCUGUCGAUUAUGAAUGGGCACGCGCCCGCAUUGAGGCAGCCAAGCAGAGGCGCAAUGAGAAGGCAAGAGGUCUUCAGCGCCGUGCCCCCGAUUCCGCGACCACAACCAUCACAGCCGCGACUCCUAUCACUAUGACCACUACUGUUACCGCUGAGGCGACCACUACUAUCGAAACUGUUCUUAUCACUUCGACCAGCACGUCUGAGCUACCACCUGCCACUGUUUACUUUGGAGUGUAUACGUCUACAACCACCUUGCCGACACCUACACAGACCUAUCUCAGGCUCGGCUGGGCUACUACUACGAGUACAAUCACAUGGGGAGCCACGUUCACGCGGUACACGACCGUCACUCCAUCAGCUUCAGCCUCUGCUUGCAAGCAGGCUGGUGGCCACUUCUGAGCGGACAUUCCUUCAUUGAUUGCUUCCUGACUUAGCGUUUGUUCUCUCGAUCUAUACCACAGGAUUGCUUCUCAUAGACACGUAGCACGUAUUUACAACUAAUUCCAACAACUCAUCAGCUCCGCA